UAUACACCCACUUUGCAAACUUCACAAUCUUACUGACACAAGAUGAAAGUUGACUCAUGACACUACCACAUAGCAAAGUUAAUACCCGACUAGUUUUCAUGUUAACGCAUGUACACACGGUUCAAGAUUUCAGCCGCACUACUUCUUUACCCCACCUGGGGUCGCGGAUAAAUACUGUGCUCUGCGGCCGUAACUUACGAGAGAGAGGAAAGUCUGAUGCUUUCGUGCACUGGGCGACGAAAAGCAGGCAUUAAGAGCAAAAUGGCUGGGAAAAAAAACAAAUUCUUUGAAGACCUUGCAGAGGUGUGCCCACAGAUGGUUGGUCGAGAGCUUUAUUUGAGCUUAAGACCUUCAGUACCUGAACGCAAGUUUGUUCUUUUAUCGGGAGGAAGGAUCAAAGAUUGUCACACUGAAAUUAUCUUCAAUAACAGACUGAAAUGGCUCAGGAGCCUAGCCGAUACAGUUCCUGAAAUCAAUGCACUGAAGGAACAGCAGAAGUGUUUUAGCAGGAUUUCUCUGGCAAACUUCUCCUACACACUUCCAGGGAGGUCUGGAUGGAGGCUGGAGAAGAUAAUGAGAUACAUCAGGAUAAAUGAGGCCACAAUGAUUGAUGUAGAGAUGUUCUUUCAGCCACUAAAAUUUGGACUCACAAAGCAAGCUAACUCCUCGCAAGAAGGACGUAACACUAUUAAGUCCUCCAAGCAAUCAGGACACGCAGCUGCGUCAAUGAAGGGAAAAGAAGAAACAGUGUUACAGAGAAGACUGUUUAGCAACAUCUUUGAAGACCUCGUAGGUUCAUGCCCAGAGCUUGUUGGACGGGAGUUCUACUUGAGCUUCAAACCACCAGUACCUGAACGCAAGUUUGUGCUUCUGUCAGGAGGAAAGAUCAAAGAUUGCCACACUGACGCUAUAUUUCUAACCAGGGGAGCAUGGCUUAAGAGCCUUUUGGAUACAGUCCCUGAAAUCAGAGAACUACAGGCGAGUCAAGCUGAUUUUGCUAGGACUUCUCUGGCGAACUUUUCCUACACACUUCCAGGCAGGUCGGGAUGGAGGCUUAACAAGGUCAUGAGGUACAUCAGGUUGAAUGAGAACAAUGUUAUUGAUCCAGAGAUGUUCUUUCAGCCUUACACAGUGAAACGUGGACGCAAGAAGAAAGCAAGGCCCUCACAGGACAGCCACGACACUGACUCAACUCAGCCUCCUGGAAAAAAAGGACGCAAGAUGAAAAAAGCUGAGCCCCACAAGGAGAGCUGUGACACUGGCACAACAAAGAAAGCACAACAUGCAGCCAUGGCCAUGGAAGAGAGGAAAACAAUAGUUCCGAGGAAACAUUUUAGCAACCUCUUUGAAGACCUUGCAGAGGCAUGCCCAAAGCUGGUUGGCCGAGAGUUUUAUUUGAGCUUCAAACCUACAGUACCUGAACGCAAGUUUGUACUUUUAUCAGAAGGAAAGGUCAAAGACUGUCACACAAACAUUGUAUUUGACAGCAGAAUGAAAUGGCUCAGGAGCCUAGCUGAUACAGUCCCUGAAAUCAAAGUACUUAAGGAACAGCAAAGUACUGGUAGUUUUACAAGAAUUUCUGUAGCCAAGUUCUCCUACACACUUCCGGGCAGGUCUGGGUGGAGGAUGAACAAGAUCAUGAGGUACAUCAGAAUGAAUGAGGAGAAAACAAUUGAUCCAGAGAUGUUCUUUCAGCCUUACACAGUGAAACGUGGAGGCAGGAAGAAAGUAAAGCCCCCGCAGGACAACCAUGACACUGACUCAACAGAGAAAACAGACCACACCACCAUGAAGGAAAAAGGGGAAAAUAUCUGUGACGAGUCAGUGCAAGACAACCAAGUCACUGACUCAUCAAAGAAACCAGAACAUACCACUGAGUCCAUGAAGGAAAAAGAGAAAGAUGCGAGUGAUAUGCCCCCGCAGGACAGCCAAGGCACAGACUCAAAUGAGGAACCAGAACAAACAGCUGAGUCAAUGAAGGAAACAGAGAAAACUGUAAGUGAUAUUGUAAGACAUCUGGUUAACACAUGGCAGAAUGAGGAAUCUGAAUUGGAUCAAAGAAAUGCUGAUCCUGAUCAUUCUUAUGCGAGCAGGUCUCAAUCAAAAACUCCCCCAAGUUCUUGUUCACAGCCAACUACCUUUGCUGAGGGUACGUGGUUCAAAGAGGGGGAGUCACUUUCACCCGAGGAGCUAGUGCUGUAUGGGUUGUUGUUAGUUAAAGGGAAGCGGCCCUCCCAAGGAAAGAGGGCUAAACUGAACUGUUUCACCCCACAGAGAGGAAACAAUGGAGGAUUCACCUCAGUAGCAACAGCUGCAAAUUGUGUCUCUGCUGCCAGUAAAUACAGUGCAGAGGGAAUCAAGACCUACCUGUCACUGGCACCACAUCCAGUAGGAAGGUACAAAGGCAAGCUCAGAUGGGAGUACUUUUUGCCAGACGUACAGCAACUUGUUGAGAAACAGGGUAGUAAUCUCAAGCGUCUGCUGAGUGGGGUGGAGGAUGUCGAUAUGCAGGAUAUCCGUGACACUGCUGCCAACAUCUGUGAGGAGAACACUGUUCACCAAGCUUUACCCUGCCUCUCAAACACAGCACUCACCUUACAGAAUCUACCAGAGGUGUGGAAGGAUACGCUAAGGGACCAGUGGAACUACUGUCAUCUAACGUGUUCACAGUCAGAAGCGAUAGUCCACUUCCUCUCCACUAACUUGCCAUCUCCUGUACUUCAGAGAACUGUACACAUCCAUCCGGACAUGACAUGGACACUGAAGGUCCGAGGGCUGACCUGUGCACUAAAACGUGACAACUUGCCAUUGACUGUGUCUCACCUCUCACAUUUUCAAACAGUUCUCCAGUUUGUCCAAGAUGGUUUUGUAUGUGUUGGCUGCAAAGUGUGAUAGGUUUAGCGAGAUGAUGCGCUGUACAAUUGUAGCCGAUGCCAAAGUAGAACGCUUUGGUGAGCUGAAAUGCAUAAGAAGUGUACACUGUGAGUUGUUUUCCUACAAUAGAACUGGUAUCUUUGAUCCGAGGAAUGUAUGCUACAUGUGUAGAAAGAAAACUGAUGACCUUGAAACUGUAUUGAAAUGGUUCAACAAUCACAAAGCUACGGGUGCAAUCACCUCAUCCUCAAGUUCCAAGCCCAUUCCAAGAGAGACACUGGAGAAACAGCUGAAAGAGACGAGGAUGGAGCUUGUAGAAUUGCAGAGAAAGCAGGAGGAAUGCAGUAAUGCAAACAAGACUAUGAAGAAGAGACUGCAGGAAACAAGUGAGGAACUAAAAACAGUAAAGUACAAGUUAGAACAAGUGAAACCCCAGGGGAGACAGCUGUUGGUAACAAGGCAAGAACUGGCAACGUUUGAGAAGGAUGUGCUAAAUCAACGCCGUGUUAUGGUGCCGCUAGUAAGCAAAGGUGGUGGCCUGUCAAAACCAGUUGAGACUGGACAAACCUCAGUAAACAUGACCUAACAAAUUUCACCAGACUGGUUUGCGACCAGAACAGAGCAGCAAAUAUUAUGUAAAGACAAAGCAGAUGUAACCUUAGUUCUCCUGUCCCACUGUGUCUCCAACAAGUGCCUUACCUAAUAUAAGGACAGGGAGGGUCACUCAAAUAUGCCUCAGCAAUUAGUGUAGGAGUUAAUGAUAUGCUGUGCUUUCUACUCUUGAAUAUGACAUGCUGCUUGACAGAUUUAGGAACUGGACCCACAAGACCCUCAUGUAGUACCUGUAUCCCACAAUAGCAGGUAGACUGACUGAAAGACAUGCACAAAAACAUUUCCUACUGAGCGUCAAUUCCUACUGUAUCUUUCUUUUUUCAGUGGUGUCUACAGUACUCUAGUUCACUCAUGAUGUCAUCACUAGUAUGACAUCAAAAUUGUUUGGUCUAUCAUGUUUGUUUUGAGACAGUUCCUGAAGAGUGCAGUGUACGGUUGUAUUAUGUCUAGAGUCAACUGGUUUAUGAAAUAGUUCGUAGUUUGCUGUUAUGGCGUGAUACGACAUAUUUUGUCCAUAACAAUUCCAUCAGGUGCAGAUAUGUAACUUAUAUAGUGAACCUGACUUAAAGUUGUAACUGUUCUCUGUUGUCUAUACAGUUGUCAUAAAGCCCCAUUUACAAAUCAAGAAUUUAGCUCGGCCGAGUUGUCAGCGAGCUCUAAAUUACGAGGAGGCAUG